AUGCAAGAAAUUUCCUUUUCCUCUGACAAACUUGGAGGUAUCGAUCACUGUGGUAAAUCUCGACUGAUCGCCCAUGUCUGUCGAGAUCCGACAAAGCAGGGGAAGCUAAGGUCACAGGAAUCCCAAGUGUAUCGCCAUGCCGAUGCAGACGGUCACUUCCGGCGCAAGGACUCCGCAUUCCGCUCGUUCAUCUUGGGAGAUCCUAAUGCAGAAUUCCCUGCUGAAAAGGAUCGCUAUGUCCUAUACUUGAAUUCCAGAUGUCCGUGGGCGCACCGGACCAACUUGGUACGGUCCCUUAAGGGCCUUGAGGACAUCCAGCUGGUCGUUUUGGACCCCGAAUUGGGCCCCGAGGGUUGGUUCUUCUCUGCGGAUCUGAAUUAUAAGGGCCGGUACGCCGUCCCGAUGCUCUGGGAUAAGAAGAGGGCAACGAUCGUGAAAAACGAGAAGCUGCGUGAUGUCAACCGGCCUGGCGGGGGAUUUUGCCCUGCACACUUGAGGUCAAAGAUUGACGCAAUGAACGAGUGGGUGUAUCACAAGAUUAACAACGGGGUAUACAAAACCGGAUUUGCCACGGCACAGGAAGCUUAUAAUGAGAAUCACUUGGCACAGCCGGCACAUCAGCCAUACCUAUUUGGAGAGAACAUCACUGAGGCAGACAUCCGACUGUUCACAACGAUUUGCCGGUUUGAUGUGGCCUAUUACCUGAUUUUCCGCUGUAACCUGAGGAUGAUCCGGCAUGGGAAACGCAGCAUCCAGACGAUCAUCCCGGCUGGACCAUCUCCGGACAUCCUGCCCUUGGAGGCGUAG